AUGGCACAGGAUCCACGAGUCCUUCUACAGAAGGCCGACAAAGCGCUCCAAAGUGCUUCAGGCGGAUUCAGUCUGUUUGGCGGACGGGCAGAGAAAUAUGAAAAUGCCGCAGACCUGUACUCACAAGCCGCAAAUGCGUUCCGGGCACAGAAGAUGAACAAGGAGGCGGGCAUGGCGUUUGAAAAAGCAGCAGCAGUUUUCACCAAGAAUCUUAACGAGCCAGAUGAUGCGGCCAAUGUCUUGACGGAGGCAUUCAAAGUAUACCGCAAGACAGACCCUGAAGAUGCCGCUAGAGUGCUCCAGGUUGCAAUCCAACACUAUAUUUCCAAGGGGAACUUCAGACGGGCUGCGACCCAUCAACAGAACUUGGCUGAAAUCUACGAGGUGGAAAUUGGGGAUGAAUCAAAGGCGUUGGAAGCAUAUGAAAAGGCUGCGGAGUGGUUCGAGGGAGACAACGCGGAAGCACUAGCCAACAAGUAUUUUCUCAAAGUCGCAGACCUCGCCGCCCUCAAAGGAGACUACUACAAAGCCGUCGAGAACUUCGAGCGUGUGGCCAGAUCAUCCAUUAACAAUAGCCUGAUGAAGUAUUCGGUAAAAGAUUACUUCCUGAAAGCUGGCAUCUGCCACCUUGCCUCAAAGGACCUUGUCGCCACCAACCGCGCUCUACAGACCUAUAGAGAGCUAGAUAACUCCUUCGCAACGACACGCGAACAUAUGCUCCUUGUCGAUCUGGCGCAAGCUGUUGAGCAGGGUGACGCAGAAGCGUUUGGCGAUAAGCUAUUUCAAUAUGAUCAGUUAAGCAAGCUGGAUAAGUGGAAGACGGCGAUAUUACUUCGCGUCAAGAACAAUAUCGAGGAACCUGGGGAGGAUUUCUCAUGA